UCUGUCCAUGUGUGUGUGAGUGUGUGUAGGUGAAGAUGGGAUGUCCUCCUCUCAGACACUGUUGCUAAGGAAAUGGACUUGAAUGGAUCCGUGGCUCGGGCUCAAUCCUCCCGCUCGCCCCCCUCGUUGGCCCACUGCUGCUGCUGUGUGUCGGUGUGUGACUGUGUGUGUUUACAGGAAUCACUGCGAACAGCGUGACGCGUCAGAGCCAGCUCUGCACCAGCCGGGUCCAGUGGAGCUGCGGCUGAAGAACUGAGGAGCUGGGGGAUUUGACUGGCAGCUGGUACACACCACCACCAAGAGAAGAAGAGAGAGGCGGCUGGGGCAGUGGGGUCGACGAGCCUGGCUGGCGCUGGGUGAAUGCUGCCAAGCGAGGACAGCGGCUGAGGAGGCGGCAGCAGCAGCAGCAGCAGCAGCAGCAGCAUCCACUUUUAAAAAGGAGUAUGGCAUCCACAGGCAUGCAGAUAUUUGGAUUUGUCCUGGCUCUGUUGGGCAUCAUGGGUGCCAUGGUGGCCACCGUGCUUCCCAACUGGAAGGUCAGCGCAGACGUGGGUUCUAACAUCAUCACAGCGAUCUCCCAGAUGCAGGGACUGUGGAUGGACUGCACAUGGUACAGCACAGGCAUGUUCAGUUGCACACUCAAGUAUUCCGUGCUUUCACUACCUGCGUACUUGCAGACUGCCCGCACCACCAUGGUGCUGUGCUGCGUACUGGCUGCCAUGGGCCUCUGCCUCGCAUCCCUGGGACUAAAAUGCACACGUUGGGGAGGUGGACGACGCUCCAAGCGACACGCUGCAAUCGCAAGCGGUGGCUGCUUUGUUGCCGCAGGGUUUCUGUGUCUGGUUCCUGCUUCCUGGUUUACCAACGAGGUCAUCACCAACUUUCUGGACUCCAGUGUGCCCGAGAGCAAUAAGUUUGAGCCUGGGGGUGCUGUGUAUGUUGCCUUUGUUUCAGCAGGAUUCCUCUUUGUUGGGGGGUCCAUCUUCUGUAUGUCCUGUUCAGGAAAGCGACAUGGCCCCCAGGACCUGGUCCUACUGCCGCCCCCUGACAAACUGCUCCUCCAGCAGCAGCAGCAACAGCUGCUUCAGCAGCAGCAGGAGCUCCAGCACCAGUACUGCUCUCUCUCCCCAUUAGACAAUAAGACAGGCUACAGCCUGCAGGACUAUGUGUAAUAAAGCAGCGCUGUGUACGCCACGGCAAAAGGGAGAUGAGCCUGAGGGGAAACCAUCACGGCUUAUGUUGCACACAAGGCUCUACUUUACAUGGAGGUGGAGAAAAGACGAAGGAGGAGGGCAACAACUUUGAAUUCAUUUUCCCCCCUUCUCCUAUAUCUGGCUCUUCUCCUUUUCUUUCUGUUUUGCAAGCACAAGCAGUGGAGGUAUUCCCUAAGCAGCGGCUUGGAACAAACAGCAUGAAUGUGUAAGGAGCCAGGAUAAGGUGCUGCAGAAUCGGAGGAAGCCGCUAACCAAAUGCAGACAUCCUUCAUCACAGAGAGUUCCCUGGGGAAUGGAUUAAGCAAAUAAGGAAGGCUCCAGAGUAGAUUUUUUUUCCUCGCCAAAGGUUUGAUUGAAAGAGAGAGAAAAAAAGCAAUCAUUUAGCUGCUAUUUACAAUCGUUUGGUACACUCCCAUUUGACGAACGUAGGCAAUAUAAUGCCUGAGAGCAGGAGGUGGAAGCCCUCUCAUUGCAAGCCAUUGUAGUUUUUUCGUAUACCCACUAGAAUGCCACACGGAAAUGACUGAAAUAAAUGGUCAUACUUUUGUUAGCUACUGAUGUUGAUAUGUUGCCUCUAAAGCAUGCUGUGUGGAGCCUGUCUGUGUAUUAAUACAGAGGAAUGCCUGGUUAGAAGACUGAGACAUAGCCACACAAUGCCUGUGCCUGAAAAGCUGUAGAAACAUUACCCUGCUGUAACUGUUCAUAGAGGGCUGUCAGGAGGAAUAGAUGUGGGCUGCCGGGCUGGGACUGAGACCCACAACGCAGACAAACAGAUGCCUGCCUCUCUUUUUCUCUGCAGGUGGAAAUAUGAGAGGGAUGGAGAGAAGAAAGAUUGAUAGAAAGAUUCAAUCCUCCUGCAGCGGGGACCAUCUGAUAUGCUGUUUCAUAUUUCCAUCCACACAAAAAAUGUUUAAAAAAUUAAAAGAAUAUCCUGCCUUUUAGUGGCAGCCACCCAUCUCAAUCCAUUCCUGCACUCCCUCCGUCAUGCACGCCCUCCCCGCGCACACUUACAAAUGCUCUUGUGCGUCUCAGUGUACACAGUAAACACUCAAGACACGCCGGCUUUUUGCAUGUGCUUUUCACUCGUCAUCCUCCUCCACACUGCCAUGGAAACAGAAUUCAGCCUUCAAAUAUCUGUAUUGUCUGAGGGUAUGUGCUUGUCAGUCAGUGAUUUGGAGUUGUUGUUUUUUUUGUGGAAGGGGGGGGGGUGGUCUGUCUUUGUCUCGCCAUGGCUCCAUAAGCUUUAAUCAGAGCCUCUGCUUAUGCUACAUUUACUAAUCCCCCUUUACAAGUCAGGGACAAGAGGCAACAUCCCUGAUACAUGGUUUUUAAUAAUGCUUUGCUGCCCACUGC